AUUUUUUUUUUUUUAACUUGAAAACAACCAAAAUGUGAGAGAAGUAGCGCCUACACCAUGUGCAUUAGACCACCCAAUAAAAGCUCGACAUGGUCAUUUGAAAACCAGCUUGAUCCACUCGACGACGUGGCCCCCGCACCCCUCCUAAAUAAAACGACAACCAACUAAAACUCCCUCCCAUUAGAAUUAGAAGCACCCACGCGCAUUCCCCACCCCCAAAACCACCACCGUCAUGCUCGCCGGAGACUCUCCCCAUCAUCUCCGGCGACUCACUUCGUAAAUCUAAAUCUCAACAAUCUUCAGAUUAAAAUUUUCACAACACUUCUUUUGAUAUGUCGUGGCAGCUCCUCAUCGCAUCUUUCGCGGUGUUGGCGGCGGCACAGACGGGCCCGACGGAGGACACGACGCUGCUGUCGCCGUCCCCGCCGAGCGGCGGCAUGGCGGUGUCGUUCCGUCCGAGCGUGGCUGUCGUGAUCGGCAUCUUCGUGAUCAUGUUCUCCCUCACCUUCCUCCUCCUUAUGUACGCCAAGUUCUGCCACCCCGCCGCCAACCUCUUUGCCUCGCCGGCCCUCCACCCCGACGACGCCGCCGCCGUCGCCGUCGGAAGCGGCGGACUCCGCAGUUCCUCCGGCAUCGACAAGACCGUCGUCGAAUCGCUCCCGUUCUUCCGAUUCUCCGCCCUCCGCGGGGACCGCGGCGGGCUGGAGUGCGCCGUCUGCCUGUCCCGCUACGACGACGCCGAGCUGCUCCGCCUGCUGCCCGGCUGCCGGCACGCGUUCCACCUGGAGUGCAUCGACCGCUGGCUCGACGCCCACUCCAGCUGCCCUCUCUGCCGGACCAAGAUCUCCGCCGCCGCCGCCGCCCGCUUCAACCAGUCCGGCCGCUUCGACAGCGGCCGCGACCUCCUCGGCCUCUUCGUCGAGCGAGAGCCCGAGGCCGCCGGCGACCUCCGCCGCUCCUCGUCGCGCUUCAGCAUCGGAGGCAGCUUCCGGAGGACCGCCGCCGCUGCCGCCAACACCACUCCCCCUCCCAAAUUCUCGAGCAACAACAAUUAUUGCACGCUCCGGGAAGCGGCCGACGAAGGCGGCGGCUCGGAGCAGAUAUUCGACAAGUUCAAGCACAAGAUCGUCGUCUCCGACGUCGUGUUCCAGAGCCGGUGGAGAGCGCCCGCGGGCGAGAGCGUUUUAAAGAUCAGAGAAGAGAUGGAGAGGAAGAGACUGCUGGAAUCGAAGGCGACCAAGAUGAGCCGGGCGGCAGGCGGAGAUUCUGCGCCGACCGACGGGUGGAAUUCGACGGCGAUGAUAUCGCCCGGGGCAAGGUCGAUGUCGGAGAUCACGAACCUUUCGAGAUUCCGAGGGGUGAGGGAUCUCGCGGGGGGGUCGGCGGAGGAGAAGGUGCACCGGCUGUGGCUGCCGAUCGUCAGGCGCACCGUGCACUGGUUCGCAGGCAGGGAGCAGAGGCCGCCACCGUCACCGUCACCGCCACUGCCACUGCCCCCGCCGCCGCCGGAAUUGGGGUCAGCUCAUAGCAAGGAGGUAACUGAUCUGGGUGCAAUAGUUUAA